AUGAGACUCUUCGCCUUCGGCUCAAACGGCUCAGGCCAACUAGGCAUCGGCCACGAAGACGACGUCUCCACGCCAACGCAAUGUCUCUUCGAGCAGCCAGAGCCAUCACAAGGAUCCCAAAUAACCACGGUUCCAGAUGAAUCUCAAAUCAUUACCAUCGCAGCAGGCGGAAACCACACCCUCCUCCUAACAACUAGCGGCUCAAUCUACGCCGCCGGCUGCAAUGAAGACGGACGGUGCGGCCCGCACAGAGAAACCAAAUUCCCAAAUGGGCACGAAUCCAAAGGAAACAUCCUUCGCUUUCGUCAAAUGAUUCUCUCAGAUCCCAUCUCUGAUACAGAGGUAUCUAAGUUCAAACAUGUCUCCGCGACGUGGGAGGGCACCAUUGCUGUAGCGUCUGUGCCAAGAAACAGCGACAAUAACGUCCAUGGAGACAAUCCCACAGAAGAUCGAAUCUUCGUAUUUGGCUCAUCGCCUAAAGGAGAACUGGGUCUCGGAAAAGAUACCGUCUCUGUCACGGGGGCGUGUAUCCCCUCCUUCCCGCUACCGGGGUUGAGGAUUACAGCGCUGGCGAGCGGGAUGGCUCAUUCGGUUGCUGUGCUCUCGAAUGGGGACGUCUAUGGCUGGGGCGGGGCGCGGAAGGGUCAGCUUGGGAGGGAGAAUCGGGAGGCUAAGGUUGCUUAUUCUCCUGUUCGGAUUUGUGUGCCGUUUUUCGCGGAGGCUGUUGCUUGCGGGAGGGAGUUUACGGUUGUUUCGGGGCGGGGGCAAUUUGUUGUCCUUGGUGAUGAGGGGAAUCGGUGGGGGAUAUUGAAUGUGCCGGAAAGUUUAUCUUUGCGUGCGGGUUUGGAUGAUGGGGAUGGGGAUCAUUUACAAGAUGGUGAGCAAGGGUGUGGAGGGCGUGGAGGUACUAUUCGCUAUCGUUAUACUAGUAUUGCGGCUAGUUGGCAUGGGGUCUAUGUACAUGCUGCGCCCGGUUUGGGACGGGAGGAACCGUCGAUAUCGGAUACAAAGACAAAGUCUGAUUCUGAUAUCCUCGAUGGUUCGGUUGUUGCUUGGGGCCGCAAUGACCGAGGCCAACUUCCACCGCCGAAUCUUCCGCCUCCUGCUAAACUCGCUGUUGGUAGUGAACAUGCCAUUGCUCUUUUGGGAGAUGCUCGAGUCGCGGCGUUUGGAUGGGGUGAGCAUGGGAACUGUGGACCUGAUACAAAUUCCCAGGGGAAUGUGUCGGGUACAUAUAAUGUGAUUUCGCUCCCCGAAGCUGUGGGCGCGGGUGCGAAGGUUGUCGGUGUUGGAGCGGGGUGUGCAACUAGCUGGAUGAUUGCGAAGUGA